CGAAGCUCCAGAACGGGCGUGCACGGUGGCCAACGUCUGCUCGCUGCUCGUCGGCCCUUGUCUUCCUCGUACAUGCUUGAACGCAACCCGCCAGCUUCAUAGCACAUAUCUUCUGGCAUCACUCAGGGCGGGUUGAGGGAGGCCACUCUUCACGUCAACCCGACUGUCGAUGCCCUGGAGAGUUGGCCAGGUAUACGGGCACCUCAAACGAACGGCGUUACUCCACGCAUCUGCGCCUCGAACUGUCGUAUGCAGGUCAUUCCUGGUCGUCCAGUCGUUCCACCAGUCUAUCGCAUGGAAAUGGCCCGCAGCUGCAGCUGCUCUGAGUGUACGGACUUCCUCUCUUGGUCACACACGGAGCACCGAGGACGUCGAGAGCUUGACGGGCGAACCCAUGGUGGACGGAGGAGUACGCGUGCUACCAAGCAACCCUCGGGAUCCGAAAGCGAAACGUGGUCGGGGUGCCGGUGGUGGGGGUUCCAAGGAUCAUCCCCUCGGGGCUGCCAUAGACAGCAUGUUCGACUCCCUAUCCAGAACAGGCAGUCUAUCCGACGCACAGGAGGGCAGCAAAUGGACAGAGCUGCGGGAACAUCUGGGCUACUGGUUCCGAGCCAGGGAUCUCGCAGAGCAGAUGGUGGAUUCGCCCAAGCCGCACCGCGCCCUUCAAGUGCUCAUCCUGUCCCAUUUCCUCGGCUGCAAGCUCCAACAAAACGUAUACGAAUGUGUGGCGCAUCGACUAGCCAGUGCAAGACAGUGGUUGCUAGUCACUUCCUUUGUCGAGUCGGCUCGCCGUCAGUCUGGUCAGACGACAGUCCGAUUGCUCAAUUUGCGAGCCCGCGCUCUUGUCAACAUGCAAGACUUCGCUGCCCUCGAUCGUGUCCUGGACGUUUUCGAGCAGGAACAAGUGUGCCCGAACCGCAGAACUUUCCAUAUACUCGUUUCGGGCCACCUUCGCAAUCGCGAUCUCGCCCGCGCGAAGCGGUGCCUUGCGAUCAUGGCAGAGGCCGGAAUAGAAGCCGAUGCGUCCACCCAUGCACUCAUCAUUUCCUCUUACCGUCAAUUCGGUCUUGCCCACUCCGUGAAGACGAAGGCGCUGCACGUGUUACACGAAAGCGACGAUCGCUCUGCCACCAAUAUCAUCAACAGUCUUGUUCAGCAGACCCUAGACAGGGACGACGUCCAGGGUGCUCUGGACUAUCUCGCCUUGUUCGAGCCCAACCCCACGUCCCCUGCCAACGAUGGUGGUUCCAUCCACCGAGACGGAGACACGGCGUCUAUGCAGUCGGCGCGGCCCAGGACCCUGCCCCCUCCUCAGGACGCGUACACCUUCACGAUUCUCAUCAACCAUUUGGCCAAGCAGGCUGAUCUUCCUCGUGCUCUCCGGCUACUCGACGGCAUGCGGGAGGCUGGUGUACAGCCGGAUAGUAGCACCGCUGCUGCUCUCGUUCGCGCUCAUUUUGCUGCUGGGCAGGCUCCCGCCGCUAUUCGCAUAGUCGCAGAUAUGUGCCAGGGGGUGCGCAUCCGAGAAGCAUGGUUUCGGCAGCUUGGACUAACCGCUAGUGGGAACGACGGGCCGUCCUUGCUGCCUGCUGGUAUCCCUCCCGCGGUGGAAGUCUUCAAUGCGUUAAGCCGAGGGGUUCUGACAACGCACGGGAUUAACGGCAUGCGUUUUGUCCUGCGCAUGAUGCAGUUGUGCGAUGUCAUGCCGGACGAGACCACGGCUCAUAUCCUGUUAUUACACCUUGACAAGGUCGAGGGUGCGUCGCCCCGGGACAUCAUGCGACAAUUGCGACGCCUCCUCUCUCACCAGAUGAUACCGACAAUCCAACAUCUGAACGUCAUCUUGCAUUCCAUCCUGCGUCGCGAAGACAGCCUGCGUCGUCACCUGGAUCAUAACCCAUCCCCACAGUUUCCAACAUCAUUUGAAGACGACGAGACGGGUUCAUCCGCGUGGGACAGGAUCUCAGGGACUGAGGAGUCAUUUGACCCUGCGGCAGGUCUGAAACUGCCCGAACGAUCCUCCUACCGCAGACAGAUGCAACCCAUCCUGCAGUCCCUGGAGGAGCGCGGGGUGCGCAGCGAUAGGGCGACGUAUGCGCUCAGGAUUAGACACGACGCCGUCAUUAAGCGCGAUAUGGAAAUGGCGAAGCAAUCAUUCCAGGCAAUGAUCAACCGUGGCUUGCAUCCGAACGUAUACCACUUCGCGGCACUCAUGGAGGGUUACGCAGUCGUCGGAGACGUAGAUGGCGCGGUGGCAGUCAUGGAUUCGGCACUCAAGGAAGGCAUUCGGCCGAGCGUCAAGCUAUACACCAUCCUCAUCACCGCCUGCGUCCAACAAAAGAACGCGGAGCGUGCCCUCCGGAUAUUCCAGAACAUGCUUGCUGCGGACCUUCAGCCCGAUGCCAUUGCCCUGCACGCGUUGGCGCAGUCAUUCAUUGCCGCGCGAGGGAAAGCGGCGGCGCGACGUAUCUUGCUAGAGCUAUGGCCGACGAUGGGCGAGCUCCAGCAGGACUUGCAUGCUGCUCCGAUGGUGCGUCUUAUGGAUACCCUGGCGUCGCUCGGCGCAAAAGAGAGCAAGAACAAGGCCAACAAGCCACUCAGCGGGCGGAAGGCGCGGCUGCUGAGGUGGAAGGUGAACAGACUAGUGCGGGUGAUCACAGGAGGUCCUCGUCGUCAGUCUGGGGAUGGGUCAUAAGUCUAGUUCGCGUCCUGUAUUGUUACGCCGUUCCAAUGAGAGUUGCGAGGCUUGAGCUUGAACGUUUGACCUCAAUCCGAGGCGCUUUCAAUCCUCUCUCCGAGUCGCGCGCCCCCUGCAUGCAGUAC